ACAAUGCCUAUCCAACGAUGACGUGUGGAAACACACCUCUUACUGUGAUUGGCUGAUAUUUGUGUCAUUCCUCUGAAGGUGAAUUCGGUUUAAAAGUGACUGAAUCGGUGGUCUCAAGUCAUCUCCCAGUCCAACAUGUCAUCCACUGGACAACUAACCAUGCGCGCUCACAUUUGUAAACGCCUGGUUCACAAGUACCUCUCAAGGACCUACACAUCUGGUACUUCACUCAAUGAAGUUGUCAUUGUUAGUGCAGUCCGCACUCCAAUAGGCUCUUUCAGAGGCAGCCUGGCAACAGUACCAGCCACCAAACUGGGCUCCAUUGCCAUCAAGGGAGCCAUAGACAACGCAGGAAUUGCUCCUGAAGAGGUAAAGGAGGUCUACAUGGGCAAUGUGCUACAAGCUGGAGAAGGACAGGCCCCCACAAGACAAGCCUUGCUUGGAGCAGGCUUGACCCUCGGCACUCCAGCAACAACAAUCAACAAAGUCUGUGCGUCCGGAAUGAAGUCCAUCAUGAUGGCAGCCCAAAGUCUAAUGUGUGGACACCAGGAUGUGAUGGUGGCAGGAGGCAUGGAGAGCAUGUCCAACGUACCUUAUGUGAUGACCAGAGACACCCCAACUUAUGGAGGAGUGAAGAUGGAAGACCUCAUCGUCAAGGACGGACUCACUGAUGUCUACAACAAAUUCCACAUGGGCAACUGUGCGGAAAACACCGCCAAGAAAUGCAACAUUACAAGAGAGGAGCAGGACGCCUACGCCAUCGGCUCGUACAGCCGCAGCAAAGCAGCAUACGAGUCUGGCUCGCUGGCCAAGGAGAUUGUACCAGUCAGCAUUCCCCAGAAAGGCAAACCUGAUGUGGUGGUGUCCGAGGAUGAAGAGUGGAGGAGGGUCGACUUCAGCAAAGUUCCCAAACUGAGAGCAGUGUUCCAGAAAGAGAAUGGCACGGUGACGGCAGCCAAUGCCAGCACCCUGAACGAUGGAGCCGCCGCUCUCGUUUUAAUGACGGCAGAUGCUGCAAAGAGACUAAACGUCACUCCACUGGCCAGGAUUGUCUCUUUUGCUGAUGCUGCUGUUGCACCCAUUGAUUUCCCCAUUGCUCCUGCGUUUGCUGUACCAAAGGUCCUGGCUGCCGCGGGCCUGAAGAAAGAGGACAUCACCAUGUGGGAGAUCAACGAGGCCUUCAGCGUGGUCGCGCUGGCCAACAUCAAGAUGUUGGACAUCGACCCUGCAAAGGUCAACGUCAACGGGGGAGCUGUGUCUCUGGGACACCCCAUCGGGAUGUCUGGGGCCAGAAUUGUGGGCCACAUGGUGCACAGCCUAAAGUCAGGCCAGUACGGGCUGGCAGGCAUCUGCAACGGAGGUGGUGGAGCUUCAGCCAUUGUGAUCCAGAAAAUGUAGGAAACUUGAUAGGAAACUUCUGUCUCCCUGGUACAGUCUUUAUUUCAAAGUGUUCACUACCUGCUGACACUAAAUGAUUAAGGAAUCUGUAAACUUCCUUUACUGUGAAGUAUGCUUCUGUUACAGUAGUAAAGUAGGGCUCAUGACAUCGUCAUUUGUUUUGUGAAAUCUAUUGUGCAAAACAUGAUUUAUUAAUAUUUAAUUCUGAAUUAAAGUGGUUAAAUAAAUAGUUUUUUU